AUGAGCGAACCCAUCUCCUUGGGUGCCCACCUCCGGUAUCCUAUCACCAUCUCCAGGCUUGUCGCCCAGCCUGGGGAUGAACUCAAGAAGGGCUCCACCGCCAUGGAAUACUCCUUCAAGUGGAUCAAGGAGGUGGGCGACUCCAUCACGGGCGAUACCUGGGAGGAAGAACAGACCACCAUUUCUUCCUGGGGUUCGCCCGUUGAGGGAAAGCUGAGGGAGUGGAAGAUCCGCGUUGGCGACGUUAUUAACGGCGACCAGCCCUGCGUCGUCGUCGAGGAGGCCUGCCAGCACCCGAUCCAGAUCUCGGGCCUCUGCGCGAUCUGUGGCAAGGACAUGACCGAGAUCGACUGGAGUACCGAGCGCGCAGAGACGGAGCGCGCCCCCAUCAACAUGACGCACGACCAGACAGGCUUGACCGUCAGCCGACAGCAGGCUCUCAAGGCCGAGACGGAGCUGCAGCGCCGGCUUCUGGAGCAGAGAAAGCUGAGCCUGGUGGUCGACCUCGACCAGACCAUUAUACAUGCCUGCAUAGACCCGACCGUUGGCGAGUGGCAGAAGGACCCGACCAACCCCAACUACGAGGCCGUCAAGGACGUACAGAGCUUUCAGCUCAAAGACGAGGGUCCACGCCGGGCCGCGAGCGCCUGUUUCUAUUACAUCAAGAUGCGCCCCGGCCUGCGCGAGUUCCUGGAGCGCGUCUCUCAGAUCUACGAGCUGCAUGUCUACACGAUGGGCACGAGGGCCUACGCGAUGAACGUUGCCAAGAUCGUCGACCCAGACCAGAAGCUGUUCGGCAACCGGGUCAUCAGUCGCGACGAGAACGGCAGCAUUACCGCCAAGAGCCUACAGCGUCUGUUCCCCGUCUCAACCAACAUGGUGGUCAUCAUAGACGACCGCGCCGACGUGUGGCCCAAGAACCGUCCGAACCUGAUCAAGGUUGUGCCCUACGACUUCUUCAAGGGUGUGGGUGAUAUCAACUCCAGUUUCUUGCCGAAGCGCGAGGACCAGCUCUCCAGCCGGAGCAAGCCAGCCCCGAACGGCAACGCACCUGCUGCCCCCGCAGGUGCUGGAGGAGCAUCUGACGAGUCCGCCAAGCUGUCGGCCCUCGAGGGGCUCGCGGGGAUGAGCAGCGGGGACGACGCCGCACUGCUGAGGCUGCAACAGGAGGAGCAGGAGCGCACGCUCGAGAAGCAGCUGCAGGACCGGCCGCUGCUGCACAUGCAAGAGCAAUUGGAUAAGGAAGACGAGGACGCGGAGAAGGCCAGCCAGGAGCCGACACCACCGCGACACCGACACCGGGUGCUCUUGGACCAGGAUGCCGAGCUCAGGUACCUCGAGCACCACCUGACGACGCUGCACGCCAAAUACUACGAGGCAUACGAUGCACACACUGGCGAGGACGAAAUACCUGACGUGGGCGAGGUGCUGGACGAGCUCAAGGCCGAGGUCCUGCGCGGCACCAAGAUUGUGCUGAGCGGUCUUGUGCCGCUUGACCUCGACGUGUACCGGUCUGAUGUUGGCAUGCAGGUCCUGAGUUUUGGGGCAGACCUGCGCACGAAGAUCGACCCCGACAUUACCCACCUGGUCAUCAACAGCAGCCUGCCCAGGACGCACAAGGUCCGCCAGGCUGCCAGGAUACCGACCAUCAAGAUCGUGAACCAGGACUGGCUGCAGGACUCCAUCAGCCAGUGGGAAGAGCUGGACGAGACCGCGUACAUGGUGGAU